AUGGUUUCUUCUUCCGACACAGGAGUAUCGGACACAGUGGACCCCAUGGCAGUUGUGUCAGACGAUGAGAUACCAUCAGAGGGAGACGGUCCGCCUGAGGACGACUAUGAGGGCGGGGCUCCGAUCGAUGCUGAUGUUGUCUUUCCUAUUGCUGAGGCCCCUGUAGAGGAAGUUCCUCUUGGUUCACCUGUCCCAGAUUCAUUGGAGUCUGUGGCAUCCGCGCCUCUGCACAACCAGGGUGUGCAGCAUCACUCUCCUGACGUCGACCCCGACAUGGCGAUGUCAGCUGCACCUGGUCCGUCACACAAGUUUGAGUUUGACCACGAGAUCGAUGACGCUUUUGAUCUAGUUUUUCCUCCUGACUUCGAUCCUGGCCAUGAUAUCAAGUUUAUUCAUUUGGACCAGCCCUUAGAGGCGCCCGUAGCUCCCAUUGAUCCGUUGUUUGACAUUCCUGCUGAUUUUUAUGUGGAUCUUGUUGACCCUGAGCCCGUCAUGGUCCCAGAGCCUGUUGUUGACCAUGACCCCGUUUUUGAUGAUGCCCCAGCCGUUGCACCGCCUGAUAUGGGUGCACCGGCCAUUGCACCUCUGGUUGAUGAUAUACCCAUUGCUGACUUUCCCGUUGUUGCUCCACCAUUGGUGGAUGAUCCUGUUGUUGAUGCACCGUUACCUGAUCCCGUGCCGGUAUUGGUUGACCGUGCACCUUUUGCUGCUCACAAAGAUCCUCGUUAUGCUGACACCCGCAACGGGUGGAUCGAGGAUGAUGACGACUACCCACCGUUUGUGCUACCUGUCACUCCUCCAGUAGCACCCGACAUACCGCCACCUCGUCUUGGAGAGGGGUCAUCGAGGCAGCCGCCUGUUUCUGUUCCACCCGUACUGUCAUCACCUUUUUCGUUUUUGCCACAGUUUCCUCAUGUUGCACCACCUACUGCACCACCUUUCAUACCAUCGAGCGAGCCAUUUUUGUGGACUACGCCCCCUGUUAUGCCAUUGUCUGACCCGUACCACCCAUUUCAUGUGGGGUACACUACGGAGGAUAUACUUGCGUCGCUGCAGCUACAGCAGGACGUCCUGAGCCGUCGUAUUCAGGAGUUGGAGAGAGCUCCACGUCCGCCUUGUCACUGUCAGACCCCCUUUGUAGCACCGCACACUCCACGUCCGCUUUCCCCCGAUUCAGACGUUCGUUUCUUGACAUCUGAGCAGCAGAUCGCAUAUUUGCUGCGCGUCUGUCGUGCCUUAGAGGAGGACUGGAUGCUCAUGCGUUGCUUGCUUUUCGCUCAUUUUCCUCCUCCUCCUCCGCCAUCAGCAUAG